AUGCCACCAUCAAGACACAGCCCGAGAUUCCCUGGGCCACCACCCGGUCCACCUCCAGCUUCUCAUCACAGCGGCUAUAGUCACAGCGGCUCACCUACUCCUCCAUCGCCUCUGAGCCCAAGGAUAAUCAACGUCUCCCCCUCCGGGCCAGUAGCCAGACCAUCAGUCAACUAUUAUCGCCAAGUGGUUCCCCAUCCCUACUUCCCGUAUGAAGGACCCGAGUACUACGACCCGAACGGAUCACCUCCCCGCAUGUCAGGAGGUAUCGGGGCAAGGUGGCCACGUUUCGCAAAACCAAUGGGUCCCCGCCCGCCUCCCUCUCCUACCAAGUCAAUAGACCCAGCCAACGACAAACUCUGGGACGAAGUUCUCAGCGGCGCACCAGGCACGCAAGGGGAACCACUGAUAACUCAAAAAGACAUCGACGACUUGUUCAACCCGCCACCGUCAGCAAUGCUGAUUACCGAUGCGGAUGUGGCGGCUGUGAUGGAGCCUUUGGUGACAGACGCAGAUGUGGAGGAAGUGAUAAGGGAGAUGCUGACGGAGCAGGACAUAGCAGACGCUCUGAAAGAUAAGGUUACUGACGCUGAUGUCGACAGGGUUAUGAAGUCUAGUUUUACUGAUGCCGAUGCAGAAGCCGUGAUGGGGGAUUUGAUACCGGAUGAGUUGGUUGAAGAGGUGAUGAUGAGUGGGGCGAUACCGGAUGAGAUGGUGGAGGAGGUGAUGAGAUCUCCCAGACAGGCAAAGGUCGAGGAUGAGAGUGAUCACCUAAGUCAGCAGGCCCAUGACUCCGAGGAUUCAGAUGAGGAGGAAGAGUCGAGUUCGGAUAGCAAUUCGGAUUCAGGUUCAAGUUCAAGUUCGAGUGGAGAGAGGCAUGAUGAAGAUGAGGAUGAAGAAAAGGGUCCGGCCGAGUCGAUUCCGGAGACGGAGACUGAACCCCGUACACCUAGGUCGGUACGUUGGGCGAUGCCCCUGGACGAGGAAAUUAAUUCGAGGUAUGCUUCUGAUGGUGGGUUCUAUCACUCACCUGAGCUUAGAAGCAGGGACGAUGACGUGGAAGAAAUUGUGAGAGAUCGAUACGGUGAUGAUGAUGCUCGAAUAGUUGCUGUAGUUCGCUAUUUUCCUACUCCUGGGUAUUCAUCAGGCUAUGGGUCGUCAUGGGGUCAGAAAUACUAA